GUCAAAACGGCCAUUUCUAGGAAACCAAGUACACACAAUUUGCAAGUCAAACGAGAGACACAGCGACACAGAGCUAGAGAAUGGAAGAGGCCGUGGAGCUGCCGGAGUGCCCUGUGUGUCUGCAACCCUACGACGGCGAGUCCACAAACCCUCGAGUGCUCGCCUGCGGCCACACAGCCUGCGAGGACUGCCUCACGCGCCUCCCCAAACCCUUCCCUCACACCAUUCGCUGCCCUGCCUGUACCCAGCUGGUCAAGGUCCCUCACCCACAAGGCCCAUCCGCUCUCCCCAAGAACAUCGAUCUCUUACGCUUCUCCUCUUCCCUCCAAAAUCAGGCCGAUAAUCCUCAAAAUUCUCUGAAGCCCCCAAAACCCAAGAAAGAACAAUCUUCUUCGGUAAACGAUCAUCAAUUCACACCGAAUUUGUGGUCUAGUGAGUUUUACUCUACAUGGAAGGAUUGGAUUAUACCGAAGGAUGCUGUUUUGGUUGAAUCCGUACCUGAAGAUCGGUUUUGUUCUGUGUUCUAUGGAAGGAUUGUGAGUUGUCCAGCUACCUCGGUGUUGCCCAUCAGGUGUUUGUUAAAAGAGAAUCAAAAGGUGAGUCUGUUUAGAGUUGGUUGUUUUGUUAGUGACAAUGAUUCGAAGUUUAGUUACAGUUAUAUGGCCAAAGUUAUGCGAACUUUGCAUGGAAUGAAAGAGGAAGAAAGAGCUGAAUUGGGUUUGAUUUUGAGGGCUUCUUGUUCGAGACUUUGUAGAAUAUGUAAAGUUUGUGGGUUUUGGUAUAAUACAGAUGACCAGUGUGUGUAUAUGGUUUGUGAGAGGUAUGGUGGGAGUUUAUCUGAUAAGUUGGGUGAUUGUCUUGAAGAUGAAAGCAAAAGUUCCCUAGAUGCAUUGAAUUUUUCGAUGAUUGGUAUAGAAAUAUGUGAGGCAUUGAGUAGUUUGCAUUUGGAAGGAUUGAUUACUGGUUGCUUAGCUUUAAGCUGUUUCACUUUGGAUGAUUUUGGGCAUGUUUAUGUCGACUUUAACGAGGUUUUGGCUACAGGAAAAAAAAUUCGUAAGAUGAUUGCGGAGGGUGUUUCAGGUAAACAAAAAAUUGACGAUAAAUCAAUGGAAGUAAAUUUUCUAAAUGAUAUACAGAAAACUCAUGCAUUUGUUAGUCCAGAACUGUUGUUUGGAUUAUUACAGAAAGAGGGCAUUGACUUGGUGUGUGGCAGCUCUAGAUAUUCAGUUGGGUAUGGUUCAGAUGUUUGGUCAUUGACUUGCAUAUUGAUUUCGAUUCUUAUUGGUAACCCUUUUAUUGAAGAAAUGUGCAUUCUUUUAUUUUGUCUUACUCUAGAAGCUAGUGAUGGAAAGGGUUCGCAUAAUACGAGUUUGCACAAGGGUUGGAUGGAAAAAGUUAGUAUGUUAUUGCAAACUAAAUUGGGUUCAGAGUUUGGAUCGCUGCAGGAGAUACUCUGCAAAAGUAUGAAUUUUGAUCCAGGAAGUCGACCAGUUGUAACUGAUGUGUGGAAAAGCAUCCGGGAGUUAAUUAUUAAACGAAAUUUCAAUAUUUUGGUCAGUUCAGAGCCAUCCAUUAUGAAGGAGAACAUGGGCAAUUGCUUGGCUCUUGGAGAAUUGCUACAGUUACCAAAGGAAACCCACAAAUUACCAGGAAAAAAUGGCUUGAAGGUGGGAGAUUGCGAUGGUAGAGCAGAUGCUGAUCAAGUUGGGGAAGUAAGGGUUGACGGAGAUCUCAUUGAGGGGCUCUCUGGUGGUCAUGUCAAAUGUAUAAACUUGAAAGGUCAUCUUGAUUGUAUCACAGGAUUAGCUGUUGGAGGAGGUUUUCUGUUUGGCUCCUCUUAUGAUAAAACAGUCCAUGUGUGGUCUCUGCAGGAUUUUACUUACUUGCAUUCCUUUAGAGGUCAUGAACAUAAAGUCAUGGCUGUUGUUUUCGUAAAUGAAGAACAGCCAUUGUGUAUAAGUGGUGAUAGUGGAGGUAGCAUUUUUAUUUGGGGCAUUAAUAUUCCAUUUAGUCAAGAACCAAUAAAGACAUGGUGCGAGCAAAAGGAUUGGCGCUAUAGUGGUAUUCAUGCCCUUGCCACUUCUGGCACUCAAUAUCUCUAUACUGGCAGUGGGGAUAAGUCUAUAAAAGCAUGGUCAUUGAAGGAUUACACCCUGUCAUGUACUAUGAAUGGCCAUAAAUCAGUUGUAUCUACUCUAUCAGUCUGUGAUGGGGUUCUUUACAGCGGAAGUUGGGAUGGAACCAUCCGAUUAUGGUGUCUUAGUGAUCACAGUCCUUUGACAGUGUUGGGGGAAGAUGCACUCGGAAAUGUGACCUCGGUUUUGUCUCUUUCUGUUGAUCGGCAUGUGCUCGUCGUGUCUUACGAGAAUGGGUCUAUAAAGAUUUGGAGGAAUCACGUGUUCAUGAAAACCACUGAAGCUCACAAAGGUGCUAUAUUUUCUGUUGGCAUGGAGGGCAAAUGGCUUUUUACCGGUGGUUGGGACAAGACUGUUAAUGUACAGGAACUAUGUGGAGAUGAUUUUGGAAUGGAUGUUGGACAAGUCGGAUCUAUUGCUUGUGAUUCUGUUGUAACAGCUUUGUUGUACUGGCAUGGAAAGCUUUUUGUUGGACAUGCUGAUAGAUUGAUCAAGCAAGACUUGGGUCGCAUUUCGAGGACUUGGAGUGAUUUUACCAGCUUAAACUACUGGGUUGUUCGGGACUACUACCGUCUUGUUAGCUCCGUUAACGACUUUGAGCCGGAGAUUGAGAGACUAUCGGAUGAACUGCUGACUGCAAAAACUGCGGAGUUCCGUGAACGGCUGAGACAAGGAGAGACACUUGCAGACAUUCAAGCUGAGGCAUUUGCUGUUGUUCGUGAAGCUGCAAGAAGGAAACUUGGAAUGCGUCAUUUUGAUGUGCAGAUUAUUGGAGGAGCUGUGCUUCACGAUGGGUCUAUUGCUGAGAUGAAAACUGGAGAGGGAAAAACAUUGGUUUCCACAUUAGCUGCUUAUCUAAAUGCCUUGACUGGUGAGGGCGUUCAUGUGGUAACCGUCAAUGAUUACUUGGCCCAACGAGAUGCUGAAUGGAUGGGUCGUGUUCAUCGUUUCCUAGGUCUUUCUGUAGGCCUUAUCCAAAGAGGGAUGUCAGAAGCAGAAAGGAGAUCCAACUAUAGUUGUGACAUAACAUACACCAAUAAUUCAGAACUUGGUUUUGACUAUCUCCGAGAUAAUCUUGCUGCAAGCAGUGGACAGCUUGUGAUGAGAUGGCCAAAGCCUUUUCAUUUUGCAAUAGUUGAUGAAGUUGAUUCAGUCCUCAUCGAUGAAGGAAGAAACCCUUUGUUAAUAAGUGGUCAGGCAAGUAAGGAUGCUUCACGAUAUCCAGUUGCUGCCAAAGUAGCUGAACUGCUCGUACAGGGUCUUCAUUACAAUGUGGUGCUAAAGGAUAAUUCAGUGGAACUGACAGAGGAAGGAAUUGCGCUGUCUGAAAUGGCUCUAGAAACUAAUGAUCUAUGGGACGAGAAUGAUCCCUGGGCUAGCUUUGUUAUCAAUGCUUUAAAGUCCAAAGAGUUCUAUCGUCGGGACGUCCAAUACAUUGUUAGAAAUGGGAAGGCUCUCAUAAUAAAUGAGUUGACAGGGAGAGUGGAGGAAAAAAGGCGAUGGUCUGAGGGGAUUCACCAGGCUGUUGAGGCUAAAGAAGGGUUAAAGAUUCAGGAUGAUUCGGUGGUUGUAGCACAAAUCACAUACCAAUCACUAUUUAAGUUAUAUCCAAAGCUUUCAGGGAUGACUGGGACCGCCAAAACCGAAGAGAAAGAGUUCUUGAAAAUGUUCCAGAUGCCAGUUAUUGAAAUACCUACAAAUCUGCCAAAUAUUCGUAAUGAUCUACCCAUUCAAGCUUUUGCUACUGCAAGAGGGAAAUGGGAGCAUGUUUGCGAAGAAGUUGAGUGCAUGUUUGAACAGGGUCGUCCUGUUUUAGUUGGGACCACCAGUGUUGGGAAUUCUGAAUAUCUGUCUGCUUUGCUGAAGGAGCGGAAAAUCCCCCACAAUCUCCUCAAUGCGCGACCCAAGUACGCUGCUAGAGAGGCUGAAAUUGUUGCUCAAGCAGGGCGAAAAUAUGCAAUUACCAUAUCCACAAACAUGGCUGGCCGGGGCACUGACAUAAUCCUAGGAGGAAAUCCAAAGAUGCUUGCAAAGGAAGUUAUAGAGGACAGCUUGCUUUCAUUUCUUACACAAGAUGUGCUUAAUGUUGAAGUUGACGGCGAGCCAAUUUCACAAAAGGUAUUGUCAAAGAUAAAGGUUGGACCAUCAUCAUUAGCUUUGCUAGCUAAAACAGCUCUGAUGGCCAAGUACGUAGGCAAAAGUGAGGGUAAGCGAUGGACAUAUCAGGAGGCCAAGUAUAUGAUUUCAGAGUCUAUCCAAAUGAGUCAGUCAAUGGAUUUGAAAGAGCUAGAGAAGCUUAUUGAUGAACAAUCUGAAACGUAUCCCAUUGGUCCUUCCAUAGCAAUUGCUUAUCUCUCAGUUCUAAAGGACUGUGAAGUACAGUGUCUCAAAGAAGGAUUGGAAGUGAAAAGGCUUGGGGGCCUUCAUGUGAUUGGGACUUCUUUGCAUGAGUCCCGGAGAAUAGAUAAUCAGCUUCGUGGCAGAGCUGGCAGGCAAGGAGAUCCCGGAUCAACGCGGUUUAUGGUGAGUUUGCAGGAUGAGAUGUUUCAGAAGUUUGACUUUGACACUGAGUGGGCUGUGAAACUUAUUUCGAGAAUCACAAAUGAUGAGGAUCUACCGAUUGAAGGCAAUGCAAUUGUAAAACAGCUUUUGGCGUUGCAAAUCAAUGCGGAGAAAUUCUUUUUUGGCAUAAGAAAGAGCCUGGUGGAGUUCGAUGAAGUUCUAGAGGUGCAAAGAAAGCAUGUCUAUGAUCUUAGGCAAUUAAUGUUAAUAGGUGAUUCUGAAAGUUGUUCUCAACAUUUAUUCCAGUACAUGCAAGCAGUGGUGGAUGAAAUUACUUUUAAAAAUGUUAAUCCACUUAAGCAUCCAAGCAGCUGGAGUUUGGGCAAGCUAUUGAAGGAGUUCAAUGGAAUUGCAGGAAAGAUAUUGGAUGACUCAUUUUCAGGGAUUACUGAGGAAGCUUUACUGAAAUCACUUGCACGACUUCAUGAAAUGAAUUCUGUAAACAUCAAUGAUUUUUGCCUCCCAAAUUUGCCGAAGCCUCCAAACUCCUUCAGGGGAAUCCGCAAGAAGAGUUCUUCAUUGAAACGCUGGCUUGGCAUAUGCUAUGAUGAUUCAAUUAAAGAAGGAAGGUACCGAGUAACCACUAAUCUUCUCCGCAAAUAUCUUGGAGAUUUUUUAAUUGCUUCAUAUUUGGAUGUUGUACAAGAAUCUGGUUAUGAUGAUGCCUAUGUGAAGGAAAUAGAGAGAGCAGUUCUUGUGAAGACUCUAGAUUGUUUCUGGAGGGAUCAUCUUGUAAAUAUGAACAGGCUCAGUUCAGCGGUGAAUGUGAGGAGUUUUGGGCACAGGAAUCCACUUGAGGAAUACAAAAUUGAUGGGUGUCGUUUUUUCAUCUCAAUGCUCAGUGCAACUCGGAGAGUAACUGUUGAAUCACUCUUGCGGUACUGGUCAUCUCCGAUGGAGUCCCAGGAAGUGUAUUUGUCAUAGAACCAGAACAGAUGCAAUGAAAACAGGUGUUAGUCUUGCAUUUGGACUGGAUAGUUACUUAAAAACACUUGGUUUUGUCUUGGUGGUGUAGAUCUCUAUCUUGGGAAUUAA